CACAACUGUCACGGAGCAGUGACGCCCGGGGUCGUUCUCUCCGGACACGCGGGCGACAUCAGCGGAGGCACCACGUGCAGUCGCAAGCAACAGCAUCACGCCCGCGCCGACCCCACGCCCGCACGUUGAACCCACCCGCGCCGCGCCGCUCGUACGCACGUAUUAGCCUGGCCACACACAACUUACACGUGCUCCGUUCUACCACAUUUCCUGCCACCUCAAAAUCUGCCCAACCCCAUGGCCGUCACCUGCUUUCACGCUCACAGCAUUAUGUGGAGGAUGCGAAGAAGCUACUGGUGGUGGGCGACACGCGGCGCUGUAUCAUGACCUGCGCCAACGAGGUGAAGUUCUGGGGUUACUGCAAGGACCUGUGGCGGGACGACCCCGGGCUGGACACCCAGCCGCAGCAGCUCCAGGGCAAGGGCGCGGCGGCAGGGCCGGUGGGGCAGGCAGCGGGCCGCAACUGCACAUGCAAGCAGUAUGACGAUCGCGCCAUGAACGCGACCUCUGUGCAGGGCUUCAUCCGGCGCACGGACGCCGAUGGCAAACCUUCGCUGCACCCGGUAAUGCUGUACGUCACCAGCCGCGCUGUCAAGGCCGAGGACGAGGUGCUGCUGCAUUGGGACAAAAAAGGAGAGUUCUUCCGGGCCAUCACGGAGGCUGCUAGCGGGUACCAGUUCCACCUGGGCGUGCUGCGCCUGGCGGCCUACGCGGAGCGGGGCUGGGUGCGGGAGGCCCGGCUGCGGCGCGAGCUGGAACAGGAGGUGCAGCGCCUCACCGCACACAUCGACUUCCUGGACCAGGCCGGCCGCAAGGCGCAGAGGUCGGCAGCUGGUGAUGGGGUGAAGGUGGAGGCGUCCAGUGGCGCUGUGGGGCCGGUGGCGGGGGCAGCGGCGGCUGGCGCGGGCAUAGCAGCCACACGCCUCGCCGCCUCGCCGUCGCCCUCUGCCGGCUGCGGCGGCACUGCCGCAGUGUCGGCGGCAGCGGCGGCGGCUCAGCUGUCCGGCUGUGUGCCGGAGCUACAGGAGGAGGUGCUCCGGUUACGGCAGGAGCUGGCGGGGUGCAAGGCCGUGCAGCACUCCGAGAGCGGCGCGCGCCUGAAGCUGGGCGGGUUGCAGGCAGAGCUGGUGGCGCUGCAGAUGGACAACCAGCGGAAGCAGCACCAGAUCGAGUACCUGGAGCGCCAGCUCGUUCAGGCGCGCUCCGACCUCAACUUGCUCCGAGUGGAGGUGGCGGGCGCGCGCGGCAAGCCCACAACAAGCCAACAGCAGAUAUCGGCAUCGCCGCCGCCGCAGGCGCAGCAGCCACAACAGCCGCCGUCGCUGGCGGCGCAAAAGCAACCGCGGCAGGGGCAGGCAGGUCCGCCAGAGCGGCAGGCGCAGCAGGCCGCGGGUGGAGCGGACCGGGCGGCCGGCGCGGGCGGCCGUGGCGGCGGCGGCCGUGGCGGCGGGCGGGGCCGCAAGCCGGCAGCCAGCCAGCCGCUUCUCCUGAAGAGGACGAGCAGCAACGGCGCCGCAGGCGGUGGCCGGCAGACCAAGACGGCGCGCGCAGCGGCCACGUGGACACGGCGGGGGACCGAGCUGCCUGGGGGCGGUGGCGAUGGCGGCAGCGAUGGCGGCAGAGGCGUUGUGGGUGGAAGUGACGUGGCAGCAGCAGCCGGCACAGGGGCAGUCGGUGGCAGUGGUGGCGGCCGUGAGGACGGCGGCGCUACCGCCGGCGUGUUGAGUCCCUUCCAGCGUGACCGGGCGCCCCGCGAGGAGCCUAACGGUGCCGGCGACCAUGCCGCUGACACCGCCGCUGCUGACGCGGCCGGCGGCGGAGACUUCGUGUACGACGACCACGACCAGUAUGGAGGAGAAUACGACGGCGGUUACGAUGACGGUUACGAUGGCCGGUACGACGCGCACGGCGCCGCAUUUGUAGCCGGACUCGCUGCGGAGCCCGAGGCCGACAUUGAUGAGUACGGCACGUACCCGCGCCACAACUCGUACGAAGAGCAGGAGCAGAACGGCAAUGGACACGGGCACGGGGAGGCUGGCAGCGGUGGCGGCGGUGGUGGCGUGGCGGCGGCGGCGGCGGGGCCCGGGGGGGAGGUGACGGGGGAGGAGGCCGAGGGGUUGGGCGGUGGGGUGGCGGUGCAGCGCAAGCGGGCCAGGUCGAGCGGCGCUAGCUACAUUGACCUGUGCAGUGAGGACUAGGCUGGUCCAUACAUGUGUCACAGGGUCGGGGCGGCCACUGCAACAUGCCGGGUCGGCGUGGCUCGGGAUGCGGGGCCACUGUGUGCUGUACGUCAUUCAAGACUCGCAUGCAAAAUCUCCGGCUUGUACGGAUGUCGUUUGGGGGACGAAGAAAGCGUCGCAAGACAUCGUAGGACGCCUUCACAUUCGCAUGCUCGCAUUGCUUCUGAAGGAGACAUGCUGACGCAUGAGCUAUUAUGAUGAUAUAUCUUCUCUGGACUCCAUUCAAGCGCAGGAUGCGUCGUAGAUGUCACGACUCGUGGCGAGGCUGAAGCGAACUUUGGGCACGAGGCAUGCAUUGGGUUACUGGUUACUGGUUAGCCCGCAUGUAGCAGUACCUAGCCCACCCCGGACAUACCUCACUGUAGAGACUGGCAAGGGGUUGGAGAUGUCCAACGGAUGAGACUUGGGUGACCGCGUAUUCACUAGAAGACUC